CCCGCGCAGGCGCACAGCUGUCCUACUCACCGCCGCGCGCACCUACGGAAACCCACGAGGCCCUGAAGCCUUCACGGCCGCGCCGCUCGCCCGCCUUCCCAGCUCGUCAUCCAGCCGGAGGAGCUGAGAACCCGAUGGCAUGGCCUUGAUCACCUUGCGGAGGACCCUGGCGCAGCGGCCCGGCUUGGGGCUCCACGGCGCUGCGUGGGCGCUGAAGGACCCGCCCGUGAGUGGCCUGCACCGGGUAGCCGCUGUCCGGCCAGGCCGGCCCGGGCGCUUCAGGGUCAGGUUCCACCACGCCUGCUGUCAAAAGUUCCACUCGGAAAACGGACAUGACCCAGGCGGACCCGCGCCCUCUGCCGUCCAGGACCCGGACGCAACGCCGCAGGAUGUGCGCAGCGUGGACGCGCAGCUGUUCCAUCAGAGGCUGGACGGCUGCGCUUCUUCUCAAGAGGUCCUGCGGUUCCUCGAGCCGCUGUCCGUGCUGCCCGACACCCUGGCCGCCAGCGCGCUGCGGCGCAUCUGUGAGCUGGAGCAGGGAGCUGGGGACAGGGCGGACGGAACGCUGCCCGGCCAGGUCCAGGAGAGCCACGUCUUCCACGCCCUGUGUGUGCCCUUCCAACGGGCGCCCACCAGCCUGUCCGACAGCGGGCUGCUGACCGCUCUGCAAGCCCUCGCUUUGCUGUGUGAGGGGCUCCAGAGCGCUAAGAGCAGCCUGUUACUGGACCUGCUGGCCGAGGCCCAGCGUCGGCUCCAGGCGCGAACCCUGGACGUGCGCAGCCUCUGCGUCCUGGGGGAGAUUCUCGUGAAAUUGCGCGGCCCCGGGUGCCCCUUCAAGCUGAUCAUCUGCCAGCUCCAAGACAAAAAGUUGGAGGAGUUCGCCCCCGAGGACGUGGUGGCCCUCUACCGCAUCCUGCAGGCCUGUCCCGAGAAGCUGGACCAGCACCAGCCCUUCCUCAAUCGCAUCAACACCUUCGCUCUCUCCGUCGCUUCCCAGCUGAGCCCCACGCAGAUCAGCCAGGUGCUCACAGCCCUGGUGGUGCUCGAUCAAACGCAGGCGCUCCCGCUGGUCAUCAAGCUGGGCAAGGGCGUGGUGAGGCUCAUCCCGCGUUUCACCGAUGCGGAACUGGGCAGAGUCUUGGAGGCCUUCAUCCACUUUGGACACAGUGACAGGUUCUUCACACAAGGCCUGGAGCGGCAUGUCGCCUCCCGGUCCCCAUCUCUGGACCCCGAGGUCCUGGGCCAGAUCCUGGGCUACUGCAGCCGGAAACAGAUCCUGUCCACACCCAUCCUGAACGCCGCUGCGGAUACGCUCCUCUGCCAGGUGGAGAAGCUGCCGCCGGCCCAGGUGUGUGACUUCCUCGAGCCAUUCGGGAAGCUCAACUAUGUGCCGCCCAACGCCUCUGCCUUGUUCGGGAAGCUGGAAAGCAGGCUCUUGUCCCAGUUCAAGACUUUCCCCCCGAAAACGCUGUUGAAGCUUCUCCACUCCUGUUCGCUGCUCGAGUUUCAUCCCGUCAACUUCAUGGCGAAGCUCUUCAGCCCUUAUUUUCUCCAGCAGCUGCAGGGCGGGGACCCCCACCUGGACAGGCUGGCCCUGGCCCGGCUGACGCAGCUCUUCCUCACCUCCCUCCUGGAAUGUCCUUUCUACAAGGGCCCCAGGCUCCUUCCACAGUUCCGGGUGAAUUCGCUGCUGACGCCCUGCUGCUCGCUGGAGAGCCCCAUGGAGUUCCCGCUCUACAAGUCCGUGAUGCUCGGCCUCAUCGAGCUCCUGGGAGCAAGGUGGUAUUUCGCGUCCAAAGUGUUAAGCCCCUAUUGUUACACGCUAGACGUGGAGAUCAAGUUAGACGAGGAGGGGUUCGUGCUGCCCUUCACGGUGAAUGAAGACGUCCACAGAAGGCUCGUGCUGUGCAUCGAUGGCCCCAAGAGGUUCUGUGUGAACUGCCGCCACCUGCUGGGCGCCGAGGCCACCAAGCAGCGCCACCUCCGCCUGCUGGGCUACCAGGUGGUCCAGAUCCCCUUCUACGAGAUCGAGAUGCUGAAGUCCAAGUUCGAAUUAGUGGACUACUUACAGAGGAAACUCUUUCCGCAAAGGACGGGCAUGCACUGGUGACCCGAAGGAAUACGGCCCCGCGUCCUCCCUCAGCAGACGCGGCCGACGGGCCGGAAGCACUUUGGCCCCGCCCUGUCCAUGGACCGUGAUGACCAAAGACAGAGGGGCCUGGGGCUGUCUACACAUCAGGGAUACGCUGAGCAUAAUUUCAAAUUAAUUAUUAUAGUUUUUAUUUAAUUAUCAGCUCCACGGAUGCUUUUCUACAUCAAACUAAUUGGCCCAGUACAAUAAAGGAACAUGAGGAAGUGUUA